UUUACUUCACAGACUUAUUCUUCUUAUUCUGACCUGUUGAAGUUAACUAAUCAGCAACUUGAUAAGAUUAUUAGAUCACAUUCAUUGGUCCCCAAGAAUAAACAUUUAGAGAAAAUUGACCAGCUAUCUUCAGUUUUACAUCUAAAACCCCAUGAAAUAAUUAAAUAUGAAGAUUUGUGUAAACUAAAUGAUUUGGAAUUGAAAGACUUACUCAGGAGAAAUCAUUUAGAAGUUAUUGGCAAAAGGACCCAUCAUUUGGCACAGCUGUCUUCAAUUUAUAAAUUUAAUCAAUCUACUAGUGUGGUUCAUCAACAUAUUUGUGACAUUAAAAAUUCAGUUAAGGGCUGGACCCAAAAUCUUAAAUAUUUGCCAUCUACAACACUUUCACAGAUUGUAGAAUAUUUGAUUAAUGCUCAUGAUAUUAAAACAUGUUCUUCAAACUUUGAAGAAUUCACAUCAGAAACACUUAAGCGAUAUAAAGCUUUACGCAGUUACGAGCUUUGGGCUUCAGGACAUAUACAUUCUGUUCGGUUUAACAAUCUUGCAGAUAAUUAUUCAUACUGUGCUUUACGCUGCAAAAGUAACCCAUCUUGGGAUACAUCUGGAACUGUAUAUGACACAUGCAUUGUUUUAGAUAAAUCUAGUGGUAAACCACUUGGUGGUCAUUGUUCAUGUGCAGCAGGAUUGAUUGAGGCAUGUUCUCAUGUUGCUGGCUUACUAUUUGGCCUAGAAGAUAUUGUUAGUAAAGGUUUAACAGAAUUGCCUGACACUUCGUGCACGUCUAUUUUAUGUUCAUGGUCUGCACCAAAAUCCAAAAAUAUUCAAGUGAAACCUCUUAAAGAUGUUCCUAUUGUAAAAAGAGGACCUAUUAAGGUGGUUACAAUUUUUUUUUUGAAGAGUAGCAUCUUUAAUCCAGUUAAUCCUCUAAAGGCUGGGGUAAAAUUUGAAAAGGCACAACAGCUUUUUCAUGAACUUAAUUUAUGUCGUCCAAAUUUACCAUGGUUGAAAUCGGUAGAUCUCAAUAAGUGGAGACCCGUAAAUAAUAAACCCUUGCAAACAUUUGGACCCUCAGAUCUUAAGGAUAUAUAUAAUUUGGAUGCAGUUGAAUUAUGUUAUUACUGUUAA